AUGACUUCGGGAUCUGAUAUUGACACGGAUUGCAUGUCAUUGACUAGAUUUAUUGUUGCAGAACAACAGCGUUAUCCUUCAGCCACGGGUGAACUCACUCAGCUAAUGAACGGCUUGCAAACUGCCGUCAAGGCUGUCUCCAGUGCUGUAAGAAAAGCUGGAAUUGCUCAGUUGUUCGGCCUUGCUGGCUCUUCAAAUGUCCAAGGAGAGGAAGUAAAGAAGCUUGACGUGUUGGCUAAUGAACUUUUUAUUAAUAUGCUCAAAUCAUCGUAUACUACUUGUCUUCUGGUUUCUGAAGAAAAUGACACCUGUAUUACAGUUGAGCCAGAGAAACAGUCAUAG